UCUUUUUCUUUUUCCUCACGAUGUUUGUUAACGGUUACGAAAGUACAUCAUCGUAUCGGGGGUUUAAAUAUCGAUAAAAAUGAUUUCAUUCAUUAUUUACCCUUGCUCGUUAAUAGCUUGAAAUAUAAUUACAGUACAACAUAUAUGGAUCAGAAUUAAUGUAACAUGUAUUAUAAUUUUAUUUACAUAAUUUCUUCGACGAGUACGCGCGACAUACAUUACGUCGUACAAGAAAAUGUGUGUUAACAUCGAUUUAUAUUUAACGGUAUGUGGAUUUGUUUUACUUGUUACGAUCUUCUUCGUCGUUGUCGUCGUCAUGAAGCAUCAACAAAUCACGGUGGAUAUUUCAAAUAUGGUGUAUACCGCUUUCUCCUAUUUGGCAUUAGCUGGGGCAGUUUGGAUUUUCUUGAGACUUCUUCAGGCUUGCUUUUGGCUUCCUCGGCAUUUGAAGAAACAAAAUGACGUACAACAGAUGUUGCAGGAUAAGGUGGAUAGUUACGAGAGAUAUAUACUCGAAUGCGAAGAAAAAGAGAAGACGAUGAUAUUAGGGGGAGAGAGUACGGAGGAGCAAAAUAUCGAGAUCACGAAAAAAUGGAUGGAACGAAGAGAAUGUUUGGAAAUGUUGAAGCAAGAAUUAAAGAAGAUACAAGAUGGCGAUGAGAUCGAUUAUCAGGAUUAUAUUUCUGAAUUAGAAGAGGAGGUGGAGGAGGAGAAUAAGAGGAAGAUGAAGGAAGAGGAGAAAAAUGAGAAGGAAAACAAAUGUACGGAAGAGAAAAUUUCGAGCAAACAUGAUGGAUCGUCGAAACAGUCCGAAGAAAUGGAAUUACUGAUUGGUAAAAAAGAAAAGAACGAGAAAGAGGAAGAGAAGAUAAAAAAGCACAAAUAAUAUAUAUAUAUAAAUUUUUGUUCUCCUUUUAUCCUCGUCCAACUAAUCGAGCUUGUAAUUUGUUUCAUUUAUUUUUUUGACAAUUUCUGUGUUUUUUAUAAUUUGUCUUUUAUAAUUCUUUUCAAUGAUUCGUUCGUCCUAACCUUUUUCUCUUUUCUCAUUCUGUCAUGGCGGCCAUGUGUCGACUUAUCAAGAAAAUGUAUUUUUUAUAUACGUCACUUUGUAAUAAAAAAAAGUGUAUAUAGAUAAUA